UAUAUAAUAUGUGUAUUAUGUUGUGUUAUGGCUCAAAUUUAAGCAAAAAGUUAAAGGAAAAAGAAAAUAAAAGGUGGUGGGACCUACCAUUAAACCAACUAAGGGCCAAGAGACCACAAAUGGUCUCAUUUCUCUCCUUCUCUCCCGUGCGCCUCUCUCUUCCCCUCUUCCUCUCAGUUUUUCUUUUCAUUUUAAUUUCCAAAACUUUGAAACAAGAUCUUGAUCUCAUUUCUUAUCGAAAUUGAGUGCCGUUUGAGGCAAAACGAAGCUCGUGUCAAGCUCUACACAUCCAUACAAGCGAUUUCAGAUUUAGUGCACUCGUUGGAGUUCGAAUCUUAGGACCCAUUUCUAGGGUUUGCGAAGAAAAUUGGGGUUUUUGCUCAAUUAGAGCACGAUGUCACGGCGUGAGGAACCUAGAGAAGUUGGCCCUAGGCCAACAAGGGGCGAUGUUGGUGAGAGCUCUAGCUCCAAUCCGGCGGAGCCAGUUGAUGAGAACAUGCUUCUUAGGGACUUGAUUCCCCCAAGAGCUGUUCCCCCAAGAAGAGAGAAUGUUGAAACACCCGUACCCGUAGAAGUGGGUGAAGGUUCUGUGGCACUGGAGUUUAAUCGUUUGUUGCAAAAUGUCGUGAGAGCAACUAUUGUUGCUCAGCCGCAGUUGGUACCACAACCUACAGUUCAAGUUGAGGAGACUCCAGCUCAGAAGCGUCUCAAGAUCAUUAAGGGGUUUUCUCAGCUGAUGCCGGUUAUGUUUGAGGGCAGUGCGGAUCCAAUGGUAGCAGAUGACUACUUGGAUCAAGUUGAAACCCAACUAACUUCAAUGGAUGUGACAGAGGAUCAUCUAAAGAUCAUCCUAGCUACGUAUAAGUUUGCUAAGGAUGCUAAGGUUUGGUGGAAGUCAGUCACCAACCAGUACAAGAUUGAAGAGAUGAGCUGGGACAGGUUCAAUGAACUGUUUUAUGAGAAGUAUUUUCCGCUUUCCAAAAGAUGGGAGUUACAAGACCAGUUUCAUAAUCUUAUUCAAGGGAACAUGUCAGUGGCGGAGUAUGAGAACAAGUUCACCUCACUCUCCCGUUUUGCUCCAGAAGUGGUGAGAGAUGAAGCUAACAAGACUCGGAAGUUUGUCUCGGGUCUUAAUGAUCGAAUGAGGCCGUUGAUCACGGCACAGUUUAUUAAGGUUUACUCUGAAGCAGUGGAAAGGGCUUUGAUGCUGGAGGCUGACAAUAGAGAGAAGGAUGCAAGAAGAGAACAAUUGAAGCAAAAGAGGGGUGCAGGGCCAUCCUCAGAGGGAUCUUCUUGGAAAAGGAACAGGGGCAGUCCAUCUCAGUUUCAGGGACAGCAGUCUGUACGAUCCGCUCCUACCACUCCGUUGCCAGCUGGGUUUGAUAGAAAUGCAGUUGCUAGGGAGCAGGCACGGGUAGUGGCAGGGGGUUACGACAGAGGCCAUCUCAGUCGGCUACAGUUCAGUCAGCAGUCAGGUGUUCAGGUUGGCAGUCCUCAGGCACAGGUACCACAGGGACGUGUUUUUGCACUGGCACAGACCGAUGCAUCUUUUGGACCGUCAGUUCUUCGAGAUAUAUUUCCAGUGUUUGGUUGUUGA